ACGAGACUGAAAAUGUAAUACCGGAUCUGACGUCACAACCCAUCAUUGGCGGUUUCUUCACAACAAGACGAGAGUAUAAGAGAAGAAAAUAUUUGAAGAGAAAUGGCAAGUAAGAGUAAGGGACGCAUGUGUGUAGUUGCAGGAUGCAACAACAGGCCCUCGGACACCGUUUCCGUUCAUGUUUUCCCAAAGGACGAGCGACAGAGAGCAGCAUGGACUAGAUUUGUGAGACUGACCCGUGCAGACUGGACAGGAUCGUCCCAGUAUACUGUUGUUUGUAGUGCGCAUUUCACGGACGGAUGUUUCGAGGCUCAGUUUUCACUGAUGAGAGAAUAUGUAAUUCCUGCGAAAAAACGUCUCUGCCCUGGUCCGAUUCUAUCGCUUUAUCCUAAGAGGAAAGUGGACGACCUCAACCUUGCCCUCCUCUCUUCGCCCGAGCCUAAACCCAAGCGCCAGGCUGCCGUCAAGCUGGAGAAAAAUAGGGUAGGUCGUGUGUAA